AUGGACAAAAAGAAAUCAACAUCAACUGCUAGUGGAUCAUCUUCUCCUUCCACAACAACUAAACCAAAAAAAUCAUCAUCAACAACAGCAGCAGCAUCAUUACCAACAACAACGACAAGCAGAAAUGCAGUACUUCCUCAAACUGCUCGUCGGAUUCUUCAAAAUUUCCUUUUGGUAUGGCUCGAUGCCAAUUUGCAAGAGUCAGAUAACGAUUUUAAGAAUUCGUUGCAACAUCUUCGAAAAAUUGUGGCAUCUAUCACAACGUUUACGGAUGCCCAACAAUGUGUUAAUUUCCUAAAUGAAAUCAAAAAAGAAAAGGUAUUUAUGAUCGUAUCAGGUUCCUUGGGUCGUCAAAUAGUACCAGAAAUCGAAGCAUUGCCACAACUGGAAGCAAUUUAUGUGUUUUGUGGUAACCAAUCGGUUCAUGAACAAUGGGCUAAAAAAAUAAGCAAGGUUAAGGGUGUAUACACAAAAAUAGAACCAAUUUGUCAAGCACUUGAAAUCGAUCGACAACGAUGUGAUCAAGCUAUGAUCCCGAUCAGCUUUAAUGGUCGUGAUGCAUUAUUUAUGUAUACACAACUUUUAAAAGAAGCCCUUUUGGAAAUUGAAGAUGACGAUGUCAAAUCGAUUAAAGAUCUCGUAGAGUACUGUCGUCUACAAGAUGAUAUUGAUGAAGGUCAAAUUAGGAAGGUCGAAAAUGAAUAUCGUAAUCAUACACCAAUAUGGUGGUAUACGGCAGAGACAUUUAUUUAUCCAAUGCUCAAUCGUGGCCUUCGACAAAUGGAUGUCGAUAUUAUUCUGAAGAUGGGUUUCUUCAUCCGUCAUUUACAUCAACAUAUUACUGAAUUACAUCGUCAACAACAAGGAAACAUGCCAACAAAUUUUCAAGUCUUCCGUGGACAAGGUUUGUCCAUGGAAGAUUUUGAAAAAAUGAAAAAAACCAAACGAGGACUUAUGUCCUUUAAUAAUUUUCUGUCAACAAGUCGCAACCGUGAGAUAUCUUUCAAAAACUUCGCACGACCAGCUACAAGCAAUCCUAAUUCAGUUGGCAUCCUUUUCAUUAUGAAUAUUGACACGGCUAUUUGCACGAAAUCCUCAACACCAUUUGCUGAAGAUUUUGAAAUUUUUCCUUAUGUUGAUAAUCGUUCAAGUGAAAAAUUUAUCAAUGAAUCGACAAAUAGUGUUUUUAUUGUUCGUUUUGAUAUCGAAACUUCUCGUUUCGUUGCAAAAACUAAUUGA